UGGAGAGAAGAAGUGAAGGACACCAGGUUGAAGUUAAGCUUGAGUCCAUGACGGAACGAUGAAAGGCUAAGACACGUACGUACGUGCUACAUAAGUACCUAGCUAUCCUACUGCUCCGUCGCCAUUAACCAUGGCACCGCGGCGCAUCCUCCUCCUCGCUGUCGUCUUGUUAUUCUGCGGAACAGCAGUAGUGGUAGUUGGCGAGCGCUACCUUCCGGGGGCGAAAGUAUGCUCGACCACGGGCAACUUCACCAUCUACGGCCAGUACCAGGUGAACCUCGGGGACCUCAUGGGCGACCUCCCGCCUCGGGCCAUCGCCAACCGCGGCUUCUUCGACAGCACGAUCGGCAGCGCACCUGACACUAUAUUCGGCCUCACCAUGUGUUACGCCGACCGUAACUGGGCCGAGUGCCAGAGCUGCCUCCAAGUCGCGGCCGCAGGGGUGCAGCAUGUGUGCCCGUUAAGCCGGCAGGUUAAGGCCUGCUACGACGCCUGCGUCCUCCGCUACUCCAACGAGUCCUUCCUGUCCGUCGCCGACCUCGACAUGGCGUGGUACGUGUUGUCGCCCAACUCCUUCGUCACCGAUAUGGCCAGCAUGAACGCCACACGGUGGAGUCUGAUGACCGGGCUCGUGGCCGAGGCCGCCAGCUCCUCGCUGCGGUUCGCCAAUGAUAGCAAGGGGUACACGGACUCGCGAGGCGACUCGCAGGUGAUUUACGGGCUGACGCAGUGCACGAGGGACCUGAAUGCCAGCGAGUGCACCAGGUGCCUCACGUACUUCAUCCCGGAGCUGUCGCGCUUGCUACCUAACUACACCUACGGCACAGUCAAGGGCUACAGCUGCUAUUUGGCGUACCAGAUCGGGAAAGACCUUGGCAUAACCAUUCCGCCUGAAAUAGCAGCGCCGCCACUGCCGCCUCCGUCGACGACUCUGCUGCCACCAAAUCCAUCGCCUCCCCCUGGCCCAUCGGCGACGCUGGUGGCCGGCGUGACUGUUGGUUCCGUGGCGUUCAUCAUCUGCACUGGUAUCAUGGUUUGGUUCCUGUUGCGUCACCGCAGGCGAAAGGCAAGAGAGCACGAACUAGCUGUGUUCCAAGACGAGCCAUUGGAAGACGAGUUCGCGGAUGGGAUAGGACCGAGGCGAUUCCUCUUCAGCGAGCUAGCCGUCGCAACCAGCUCCUUCUCUACUGAGGAGAAACUUGGUGAAGGAGGCUUCGGGUCGGUGUACCACGGGUACUUGAAGGAUUUGAACCUUCAUGUUGCCAUAAAAAGAGUGUCCAAGAGCUCCCACCAGGGGAGGAAGGAGUACAUUUCUGAGGUGAAUAUUAUAAGCCGGCUGAGGCAUCGAAACCUCGUGCAGCUCAUCGGCUGGUGCCAUGGCGGCAGCGAGCUCUUGCUUGUCUACGAGCUCAUGCCCAACGGGAGCCUUGACACUCAUAUCCACAACCAGAACAAUAUGUUGUCAUGGCCGCUAAGGAAUGAGAUCGUGCUCGGAAUCGGCUCCGCACUUCUGUACCUUCAUCAGGAGUGGGAGCAGUGCGUUCUGCACCGUGACAUCAAGCCGAGCAACGUUAUGCUGGACGCCUUCUUCAACGCCAAGCUCGGUGACUUCGGACUCGCGAGGCUUGUCGACCACAACCGAGAGUCGCACACGACGGCGCUCGCCGGCACGAUGGGGUACAUGGAUCCUGAAUGCAUGGUCACCGGGACGGCCAGCACCACGUCCGACGUGUACAGCUUCGGAGUUGUCGUCCUCGAGAUUGCUUGUGGCAGGCGGCCAAUCGUGGAUGUUCGAGAAACCGAAGAACCCACCAUCAAGCACCUGGUGCAAUGGGUCUGGGAAUUUUACGGCCGUGGAAGGAUCCUUGACGCAGCCGAUUCGCGGCUGAACGGCGAAUUCGACAGUGAAGAGAUGGAGCGAGUGAUGGUCACCGCGCUGUGGUGCGCGCACCCUGAUCGUGCCAUGAGGCCCUCCAUCAGGCAGGCGGUCAACGUGCUGCGGCUCGAGGCGCCAUUGCCAAGUCUCCCUGCGAAGAUGCCCGUCGCGACGUUCCUGCCACCGGUCAAUCGCCUCCUGUCUGAAUCUGGGGGUGUGACCGGCAGCAGCGGCAGCGCAGGCACCACUCAUUCAACCAUUGGUACGGAGGCUUCUUCUUUGUUGAGAUGACAUUUGUACAGAUCGUGAUCCAAUAAUGUUGAUUUCUGGUGUGUAUAACACUUUUUCUAUGCGAAUAUUUGCACUCUGUAAAGCAGUUUGUUUCUUUUGAACA